GGAGAAUCACCGCUGAACGCGCUCGCGGAGCUCCAAAAAACGCCCCUCUAACAGAGAGAGCGCGCGCGCGCGCCUAGUGACGUCACGCUCCACCGGCGGCGGGGUCCUGAAGUCGGUAACGACUCGAACACAGUUAAACAAGUUCAGAGACGUCGACGGAGCUGUUGCGACUCCUGGCGCGUCACCGCUCACACAAACGGGAAUAAUUUCGGGUUGGCGCGGAGCACGAAAGGAGCGCGGGGCGUCGUUCGCGAGACUCCCGCCAUGGAUCGGAGACUUUUAACGGUUCUUCUGCUUUCUCCCGUUAUUUUAUCGAUCUCAACCGGAGCAGAUCAAGAGUUUCAAGAUGACUGUCUCUCGGAAAAGUCGUAUACGGAGUGCGGCUACAGUCAAGGCAAAGAUGACGACUUUGACUGGGUGCAGAUGAACACCAAUCAGAAACCGUCAUCAGACCUCUCGGUACCAUCAGGUUCGGCGUUUAUGAUGGCGAACACUUCUGGAAGAUUGCUUGGACAGAAGGCCCAGCUCUAUGUCCCUCAGUUCAAAGAGAACGACACACACUGCGUCAUAUUCCAGUAUUAUGGAGCCAGUCGAGAAGGUUCGAGCCACGGACAGCUCUACAUCUAUGUUAAAGAGAAUAACAGUCCUUUGGGCAUCCCGGUGUGGAACUCAUCAGGACUGCCGCUUCAGAAAUGGCAGGAGGUGGAGCUCGCCAUCAGCACCUUCUGGCCCAAUUUCUACCAGCUGGUGUUUGAAGUUGUGUCAUCAGGUGAACGAGGUUUGUUGGCCAUCAAAGGAAUCUCUCGUCAGGGGCAUCAGUGCAUGAACACACCUCAUUUCCUGCACAUUAAAGGUGUGGAAGUGAACGCCAGACAGACGGCCACAUUUCAGUGCACCAUUAACGGACAACCCAAAGAUCACAUCAACUACAAACUCUGGCUACAGGGCAUCGGAGGACGUGAGGCACCAAUGAAAGACGCCAAACCUGUGAACUCCAGACGCUACACGGGCACAUUUGAUAUUGUCAACACCACGAAGGGAGACUCGGGUCGGUAUCGUUGUAUCGUCCAAUCUGAUAAAGGAGUGGGAGUGUCCAGUUACGGCGCUCUGGUGGUGAAACAGCCUCCAAUCCCCAUCGCUCCCCCUCAGCUGACCGCCGUGGGCGCCACCUACCUGUGGAUCCAACUCAACGCCAACUCCAUCAAUGGCGAUGGCCCCAUCAUCGAGAAAGAGGUGGAGUACCGCACGCUCUCCGGCAGCCUCAUCGACAACCAACCCGUCGACAAAUCAAACCACAAGAUCGGUCACCUGGACCCUGACACCGAGUAUGAGAUCAGCGUCCUCCUCACCAGACCAAACGAGGGAGGUACCGGAGCUCCAGGACCGCCGCUCAGAGCCAGAACCAAGUGUGCAGACCCGAUGCACGGCCCUCGUAAACUGCAGGUGGUGGACAUCAAAUCGAAGCAGUUCACCAUUCGCUGGGAGCCGUUCGGCUACAACGUGACGCGUUGCUAUAGCUACAAUCUGACAGUGCAGUACCGUUACAUGGCGAACGGCAAAGAGGAGACGAGGGAGGAAAUGUGUUAUGAUAUUCUCAGUGUGUCGCCGCAGCACACGAUUCAUAACCUUCCGCCGUACACCAACGUCAGCGCUAAACUAGUGCUGCGAAACCGCGAGGGCGUCAAAGAGAGCAAAGAACUCGACGUUCUGACAGAUGAAGACGUGCCUGGCGCCGUGCCGCUGGAAUCCAUCCAGGGAAGCACGUAUGAGGAGAAGAUCGCUUUCAAAUGGAGGGAACCUGUUCAGACGUACGGAAUAAUCAAACAGUAUGAAGUCUUCUAUAAGGCCGUGAGCUCGUUUGACCCCGAGUUCAAUCUGUCCAAUCAGAGCGGGAAGAUUCUGAAGCUCAGUAACGAGACGGCUCAUGUGUUUGUGGGUCUGUAUCCCGGUUCGACGUACUCGUUCACCAUCAGAGCCAGCACUGUGAAAGGAUACGGGCCGCCCACCAUCACACAGUUCACAACCAAGAUCUCAUCGCCGCGUAUGCCAGGAUAUGAGCAAGAGACGCCGCUGAAUCAGACCGACAGCACAGUGACUGUCCUGCUGAAACCGGCUCAGAGCCGAGGAGCACCUGUCAGCGUGUAUCAGGUUGUUGUUGAAGAGGAGCGCCCGCGUCGUUCACAGAGAGCGGCAGAGAUCCUGCGCUGUUACCCGAUCCCUAUUCACUUCCAGAAUGCAUCCGUACUCAACUCACAGUAUUACUUCACAGCCGAGUUCCCUGCCGCUCGCAUACAGGCCCCGAUGCCCUUCACCGUCGGUGACAACCGCACGUAUGAUGGAUACUGGAACAUGCCGCUGCUGCCCCAUAAGAGCUACAGCAUCUACUACCAGGCUGUGAGCACGGCCAACGGGGAAACCAAAAUCGAUUGUGUUCGUGUGGCCACUAAAGCUGCCAUUAUAGUGACUCAGCUCACCACGCCGUAUGUGCGUAUCGCACCGGCAUCUGGCGACAACCAACUAACAGGUGCCGCCACCAGGAAGCCUGACACUGUGGAACCAGAGAAACAGACGGAUCACACGGUGAAGAUCGCCGGCGUCAUCGCUGGCAUCCUCCUCUUCGUCAUCAUCUUCCUCGGCGUGGUGCUGGUCAUGAAGAAACGGAGAACCUAUCACUCCUACACUUACUACCUAAAAUUGGCGAAGAAGCGCAAGGAGACGUUGAGCAGCACGCGGCAGGAGAUGACGGUGAUGGUGAACUCGAUGGACAAGAGUUACGCUGAGCAGGGCACCAGCUGUGAUGAAGCCAUCUCAUUCAUGGACACUCACAACCUCAACGGCAGACCUGUCUCCUCGCCGUCCUCGUUUACCAUGAAGACUAACACACUGAGCACCUCCGUGCCAAACUCCUACUACCCAGACCCUUUUGUGCCAACUGCUGUCUUAGAUGAGAAUCACACCAUGAACAGCGAAACCAGCAGUCUGGUCCAGUCGCACACUCAUUCCUAUAAGAAACGUGAAGCUGUGGACGUCCCGUACCAGACCGGACAGCUUCAUCCGGCGAUCCGUGUAGCUGAUCUUCUACAACACAUAACGCAGAUGAAAUGUGCUGAGGGUUACGGCUUCAAAGAGGAAUACGAGAGUUUCUUCGAAGGGCAGGCGGCGCCGUGGGACUCUGCGAAAAAAGACGAGAACAGGAUGAAGAAUCGUUAUGGCAACAUCAUCGCAUAUGAUCACUCGCGCGUCAGACUGCAGCCUGUGGAGGGAGAGCAGAGCUCCGAUUACAUUAAUGCAAAUUAUGUUGAUGGCUACCAUCGUCCAAAUCAUUACAUCGCUACACAAGGUCCCAUGCAGGAGACCAUCUACGACUUCUGGAGGAUGAUUUGGCAGGAGAACACGGCAACCAUCGUCAUGGUUACAAACCUGGUUGAAGUUGGCCGGGUGAAAUGUUGCAAGUAUUGGCCCGAUGACACAGAAAUCUACAGGGACAUGAAAGUGACACUGAUCGAAACACAGCUGCUGUCUGAAUACGUGAUUCGCACCUUUGCUGUGGAAAAGCGAGGAGCUCAUGAGAUCCGAGAGAUCCGGCAGUUUCAUUUCACGGGCUGGCCGGAUCACGGAGUGCCGUAUCACGCCACCGGACUGCUCGGCUUCGUGCGCAGAGUUAAAGCCAAGAGUCCAGCGAAUGCCGGGCCGAUGGUCAUCCACUGCAGCGCUGGGGCGGGACGCACCGGCUGCUUCAUCGUCAUUGACAUCAUGUUGGACAUGGCGGAGCGCGAGGGCGUCGUUGACAUCUACAACUGCGUGAGGGAACUGCGAUCUCGAAGAGUCAACAUGGUGCAGACGGAGGAGCAGUAUGUGUUCAUCCAUGACGCCAUCUUGGAGGCGUGUCUUUGUGGAGACACCACAAUCCCGGCCAAUCAGCUUCGCUCUGUUUAUUACGACAUGAACCGACUCGACCCUCAAACCAACUCCAGCCAGAUCAAAGAAGAGUUCAGAACAUUGAAUAUGGUGACGCCCACAUUACGCGUGGAGGACUGUAGCAUCGCACUGUUGCCGCGUAACCACGAGAAAAACCGCUGCAUGGACGUGCUGCCGCCGGACCGCUGUCUGCCGUUCCUCAUCACCAUCGACGGAGAGAGCAGCAACUACAUCAACGCAGCGCUCAUGGAUAGCUACAAACAGCCGUCUGCGUUCAUAGUUACCCAGCAUCCUCUGCCCAACACGGUGAAGGAUUUCUGGCGUCUGGUGCUGGAUUAUCACUGCACGUCUAUAGUGAUGCUGAACGACGUAGACCCGGCACAGUUGUGUCCUCAGUACUGGCCUGAGAAUGGAGUUCACCGUCACGGGCCGAUACAGGUGGAGUUUGUGUCGGCUGAUCUGGAGGAGGACAUAAUCAGCAGAAUAUUCCGCAUCUACAACGCUGCACGGCCGCAGGACGGGUAUCGUAUGGUGCAGCAGUUUCAGUUUUUGGGUUGGCCGAUGUACCGCGACACACCCGUGUCCAAACGCUCCUUCCUCAAACUCAUCAGACAGGUGGAUAAAUGGCAGGAGGAGUAUGACGGAGGAGAGGGACGUACUGUAGUACACUGUCUUAACGGUGGCGGUCGCAGCGGGACGUUUUGUGCGAUCAGUAUCGUGUGUGAGAUGUUGCGACACCAGCACUCGGUGGACGUCUUUCAUGCUGUUAAAACACUGAGAAACAACAAACCCAACAUGGUGGAUCUACUGGAUCAGUAUAAGUUCUGUUAUGAAGUGGCACUGGAAUACUUGAAUUCUGGGUAAAUUGUGUGGAAGCUGCUCCCCCUGAUUAUUAACCGCUGACCUCCCCCAAAUCCCUGGACACUAAAACACCUGAAUGUUUGAAACUGGAGCGGAGAGUUCUGGAGGAGAGCUGCUGAAACCACCAUAUCCGAGAUGCUCGAUUCUGUUUUUCCGGAGUGGACGAGACUCUUGCACUGCCCAGAUAAACUCUGUGUUUCCCGCACUCAUCUCUUUGCCUCUGUGUGCUCAUAUCAACAAGACUUCAGUAUUCGUCUGUCACAAGUUUUCAGCGCAGUCAUCUUUUCAUCCGCUUGUGUCUUUUUUUCUCAAACGUCAUUUUUUGCCCUUUUAAUCCUCAUCGUAUGAUCACGUCACAUCUGUGUGGAAUGCGCCGUCACGUGGAUGUGUUUAUUUUAUAUCAUCGCUUUUAAAUGUUUGUUUUUUGUACUUCUAUUAAUUCUUGGCAUGUACAGUGAAAUCAUACGUGGCAGUAAGAGCGCAGAUAUUAACGUGUUUUGUCGUCAUCUCUGUGGUCGCUACAAGAUUGAAAAACUGCUGAAAUAAAUUACCCACAUGCUGAAAUGUCCUGUCAGAGACCCAAAGCUUGUACCUGUGAUCUUUUUGUUUAUAUUGUAAAUAGCUGAAGUUCACCAGAUAAUUUAUUCAUUGGACUUUUUUUUUUUUUUUUUGUGAAUCACACUGAGUGACAAUCAUGUGUUAAUUUGGUCAUUAUUAUCAUAAGGACUCGGCAAAUAAUGGUGACCAGAUUGUAUUGUUAACUUUUUAUUUAUCUGGUAUGAAAAAGAAAAUGAAACUUAAAACGUAUAAAUACAUAUCUAUAUCUGCCAAUGUGUCGUUCAUGUGUCUUUUGUGCUCUUCAGAAUGUGUCAGUUAUUUAAAGGGAACAUCAUUUAUUUCGAUAUUUAAAAGAAAGUUUGUACAGUUUUAUAACUUCAGUGCAUCGUUACAUAGCUGAUUGGAUAAUAUGAGUUCAAACUCGUUGUAAAAUGCUGAUAAACACACCUUUCAGAGUAUGUACUAAAUUUGAUGAAAAAGUGUGAGUAACAAAAGCAGGUGUGAGUGCAUACAUCAUCUACAAUGUUGGCAUUGUCCUAUGACUCAUAUGUUUUUUUGGUUUUUUUAUCCCCUUUUCUCCCAAUUGGAAUGCCCAAUUCCCACUACUUAGUAGGUCCUCGUGGUGGCGCGGUUACUCGCCUCAAUCCGGGUGGUGGAGGACGAAUCUGAGACCGUCAAUCCGCGCAUCUUAUCACGUGACUCGUUGUGCAUGACACCGCGGAGACUCACAGCAUGUGGAGGCUCAUGCUACUCUCCACGAUCCACACACAACUCACCACACGCCCCAUUGAGAGCGAGAACCACUAAUCAUGACCACGAGGAGGUUACCUCAUGUGACUCUACCCUCCCUAGCAACCGGGCCAAUUUGGUUGCUUAGGAGACCUGGCUGUUGUCACUCAGCACACCCUGGAUUUGAACUCACGACUUCAGGGGUGGUAGUCAGCAUCAAUACUCGCUGAGAUACCCAGGCCCCCUUGACUCGUAUGUGUUGACGUUUAAGACACUAGUAAAAAAAAAAAGCAAAUUAUUUUACCAAAUGUUGAAAACAGGUCGAAUUUAUCCACAAAAAACACCUUCUCUGGCAUUAUGGGAUUAAGUAUCCACUGCUUGCAUGCUUUAGUAUUUCAGAAGAUGCAGUAUAAGAUGAUUAUUGAUUGAUUGUUCCACCUUAUCAUGACAAAACUGAGUUUUCUGGUAUCCUACUAAUUUGAUAUAAUGCAUGUGUGUGCGCUGUAGCAUGAAUUACAGAAUAAAGGGAAUACGGGUUAAAACCAUUUCACGACAUUGAA